CCCUCCCGCCGCAGAAUACGACCCGAAGGUGGUGUCGACGACCAGCCUGUCCGAGGAGGGCAUCCACGUCUCCCUCUCCAACUUCCCCGUCACGCCCACCGUCGCCGCCAACAUGCAGGCCGUGCGCGUCGCCCCCAACACGGCCGCCUCCGUCGCCCUCUCGGUCACCACGAUCGACCGGCGGGAGAAAUACCAAGAGAUCUGGCCGUGGUCGAGGCCGACCUGCCUCACCGAGGAGAAGUUCUGGCAGCUGGGCGAGGAGGAGAGAGCGCACACGGAGAACAACCUGUACUUCGCCUUCUACUACCGGGAGUGUCCGUUCCUGCACUCGGGCUGCACCUCGCUGCCCUUCCGCUUCGAGGGCGACCAGACGCGCGAGUGCAUGCCGUGGGACGUGCUGCACCACAAUGCCAUGAAGCAGAAUAUGUCCCUGUGCGUGAAGGACCACCUCGAGAAACACGAUUACGGUCAGAGCGAGAUGUGCCUCAGCACCUCCAUCAACCAGCAGCAGAGUUACACGACCAUCAUCAAGGACGUUCUGCAGGACCUCCAAGGGAAGCCCAUCCCGCCAAACCUGACCCUGUCCAUGGUGAACAUCUACUUCUCCGAUCUCGGCUACACUGAGUACUACGAGCGGGUCCCGACCUUCCUGACGUGGUUCAGUGACCUCGGAGGGCAAAUGGGACUGUUCCUCGGCGCUUCCUUCAUCACCAUCGUCGAGUUUUACUUCGCCUUCUGCUACCUCCUACGAGUCCUGCUAGCCAAGUCCUUCCGAGCCUUGUCCCAAAUCCUCAAGGAGUUUGCGAAGAAAAGUGGUCCUCAAGACGCGUAAGUGGUGUUGAGGUCAUUUGCGGAGGCCAUAUCUGCCGACGGGGCAAAGCUGAAAUUGGGAAAGAGAGAUAAGAAAACAAAGUGUAACUCGCCCAAUAAUAAGUGUAUUGGAACCAAAUUUGUACUAUUUCUGUGUCUUAGGAUGAUACUGAUUGGUACUGAAUAUCAAUGAAAUCCAUCCAUCCACAAUGUAUAUAUAUACACGUAUAUUGUUCUGAAAGUUAAACAUAAUUAUUAUUCAUUUUUUGCGUCAGAUGUAGUGGACCAGACUUAAUGUUCUUAUAGGUUUACGCGUACACAUUCUACAAAAGGAAACAAC